CUUUGCUGCUUCGUCUACUUUUUGGCGCCUUUUCCGUGACACAAUUCGUGUUCUGCAGUCUUCCGGAGCUACUUUCUUAUUUAUUCAUUUAAGAUACACAUACAAUUUCAUAACGUCUGUUGAAAAUACUGGCAUCAGUUUGAUUUUAGAGAAAACAGAAUUGAAGUUUCAUAAUAGUUCUUAAAUCCUAGUUUCACCAUUCGAUUCUCACUGCUCAGAAUGGGUAUUAAAGGGCUGACCCAAGUGAUUGGAGAUACUGCUCCUACUGCCAUUAAAGAAAAUGAAAUUAAGAACUAUUUCGGCAGAAAAGUUGCCAUUGAUGCUUCAAUGAGCAUUUACCAGUUUCUUAUAGCUGUACGAUCUGAAGGGGCUAUGCUAACCUCUGCCGAUGGAGAAACUACUAGUCACUUGAUGGGUAUUUUCUACCGGACCAUUCGGAUGGUUGAUAAUGGAAUCAAGCCUGUUUAUGUGUUUGAUGGAAAACCACCUGACAUGAAAGGGGGUGAACUGACCAAAAGAGCAGAGAAAAGAGAAGAAGCAUCAAAGCAACUGGUUCUUGCCACAGAUGCAGGUGAUGCAGUGGAGAUGGAAAAAAUGAACAAGCGUCUGGUAAAAGUAAACAAAGGACACACUGAUGAAUGCAAACAACUACUUACUUUAAUGGGAAUACCUUAUGUUGAGGCACCCUGUGAAGCUGAAGCUCAGUGUGCAGCUUUGGUGAAAGCAGGAAAGGUUUAUGCAACUGCAACUGAAGACAUGGAUUCAUUGACCUUUGGUUCCAAUGUCCUGCUGAGAUACUUGACAUACAGUGAAGCCAAAAAAAUGCCCAUCAAGGAAUUCCAUUUGGAUAAAAUUUUGGACGGACUGUCGUACACAAUGGAUGAAUUCAUCGAUCUAUGCAUCAUGUUGGGCUGCGAUUAUUGUGACACGAUAAAAGGAAUAGGCGCCAAAAGAGCCAAGGAACUCAUAGACAAACAUCGAUGCAUUGAAAAGGUGAUCGAAAACCUUGAUACCAAAAAGUACACCGUCCCAGAAAAUUGGCCUUAUCAAGAAGCAAGACGACUAUUCAAAACGCCUGAUGUUACAGAUGCAGAGACCCUUGACUUGAAAUGGACACAGCCAGAUGAAGAAGGUCUAGUCAAAUUUAUGUGUGGUGACAAAAACUUCAACGAAGAGCGCAUUCGCUCAGGCGCCAAGAAAUUGUGUAAAGCGAAAACAGGGCAGACGCAAGGCCGACUUGAUUCGUUUUUCAAAGUUCUUCCUUCUAGCAAACCGUCUACGCCUUCCACACCGGCUUCAAAGCGCAAGGCCGAGGAACCGAAAAAGGGAAGCAAAGGAGGAGCCAAAUUUAAGCGUGCAAAAUAAUUUAUUUAAUGCUGAAACAAUGAAUUGUGCCCAUUAUUAUCGAUGUAACUUGCUUACUCGUUUUACAUGAGGCUAUUACUAUUAACCAUGAUUCAUCACUUGUAAUUCAUUCAUUUAAAAUUUUGAUUUCUAAUUUUAAUUAUCAUUGAUCAGUAGUAUCUUUAUAUUUAUGGAAUUCCUCGCCAUUCGUUCCAUUAGCUUAUACUAAGUUUUCUCUGGCUAAAAGGAAUGAGUUUUUGCUUCGACCGUCUUUUCUCUUUAUACUUUGUGUAACUGAUUCCGUGAAAGAUGCAGUGCAUAUCUGAAAUUCUCAUUCGAGAUAGUAUCUUAUUUUCGUUGUGGGAGUUUGAAUUUCCCGUCUUCAAAUUUCGUGUAAUUAGUUAUUUGUAUAGCCUACUAGCCAGAAACAGCGUUAGGGCCUAGCCUAGUUUGAAAAAUUACCCUUUGCCACCUGGUCCUCUAAUGAGACAUCUAUCGUCAAAAAGAAAAUUUAAGAAAUAAAAAAAAAAAGGAAAAAACUCGAAUAGCGAUUACUUUAUGAAACCUGAAAAUUAUCUAUCAAUCAUUAGAAAACGGUAUUUAGUUCAAUUUAUUAUGCCACAAAAUUACAGAUAGAUUGCUUGUGGCAGGAUAUUCGUUGUUUACAAAAAUGUUCUAUGCAGUAUAGAUGGCGUCUGUGUAUCGCCUCAGAUUAAUAUCUCACACUGCACAUUCAGAGAACAGAAAUUCCAAACAUUAGAGGAAACUACUUGGAACUUAAUAACGUAUUUGUCUACUUUUGAAUAUUUACAUAUUGUUGGUGUGUGUCUGCGGAUCCAAAUGCCUUUACAUCCGAAGCCUUGGAGAGUUUUACUUCUGUGUUUUAAAUCGUUCAUCGACCGAUGAUUUGAAAAUGUUGCAUAAAAAACGAGAGAGGAAUAUUUGUUCAGUCAAUAACUGCAGAUCAUACAGAGAGGCUAAUCGUUGGCCAGAGCCAUUGACCUUUCAUGAGUUUCCAGCAGACUUGGCAAGGAGGAAACUGUGGUUAGAAAUAAUAGAACGAGAAGACUGGGUGCCAGGAGACAAAGCGAAAAUAUGUGCCAUGCAUUUUACUCCUGAAUGCUAUCGAGAGGCAACUGCAUCUGCAGUCAAACGUCUUAAUGCAACAGCAGUUCCAUCACUACAUCUCAUCCUGGAGCCAUUGCCUAAGAGUGGGUUGACCAAAGCAGCCAAUACAGCAAGAGCAACAAACUCAUCAGGUGUUGUGGCCUCAUCCACUUCUACAGCACAAGCAUACUAUGUGUGUUCUGCCAUGAAUUGUAGACAGUACAGGGAGGCCCAGCUCUGGCCUGAGCCACUUUCUUUCCAUGAAUUUCCAGCAGAUCCAGCAAGGAAGAAACUCUGGAUAGAGAGCUUAACGAAUGGCGAUUGGAUCCCCAAAGAAAAGGGCAAGGUUUGCUCCAUGCACUUUGAUAUGGAUGAUUACAGAGAAACAAACAAAAAGUUGUUAAAACCCAAUGCUGUACCUUCGUUGAAUUUAUCAUUGAAAAAGCUGACGGAAAGUGAAAUUGCAGACCAAUCUGCGGUCGAAAUGGACUAUGGGCACGAAAGAUUGCAAUACGGAAUGAAGGAAUCUGAUACCAAGACGACCGAGUCCCGGAAGCGGAUAUCAAAUAUAAUCAUCGUCGACCUCAUCAAAGACAAAAAGUCAAAAUACCCAGAAAAGCCAAAACCCGUCGUAAUCGAUGAGAGUUGUUCCACUUGUAUGGAGAUGAAAAAGGAUCUUCGCGAGGUAGAGUUUCAGUUGGCGAUGGUCAAGCAGGAAUUGGAAGAACAAAAAAGGCUCGUUGAGAGCUUAAGGAAACAAAUCAAAAAUUAAACUAAAGAAUAGCCAUUUGGUGGUCGUUAUUAACGUCUACGCUUAAGUAAAUUGUUCUUCCUACUACAGUUCAUCAAAUCGCCGGUGGGGUGAUUUACAUAAGAUUCAAGGAACAUCUUGUUAUUGGUUGAACCCGAAAAUAAUUCGCUUCUGAAUAAUUGCCUUGAGUGUGAUUGUAUAUUUGGAAUCCCGCAGCGAGCUCAAUGGAGGUCGAAGAGGCUUUGCAUCCAUUGGGUAAGGAUAUACCUGUAGCGCACAGAGCAUUAGAUUUUAGUGCCUCACGCCUGUGUGUAUCUUAACCAUUUAGAGUUUCCUGGUUGGUCUGGAUCAGUAAGAUAACUUUUUGGGUCGACUCGUUGUUGAAAAUUGAGAUUGGUAAAGUUUCCUACACUCUACGAAACUGCGAUACCGCGCCGUGCCAUUGCUGAGUCAUCAGUAUAAAGUAGCUCACUUAAACAUCACCUAGAUGGGUCCAUGAAAAUGCUGUUUGUGAUUGAACCACGUACCAACUGAUUAAUCGCAAGGGACUCAAUAUUUUCCUAUUUAAGAUUAAAUGCUUUCGUAUCCAAGUAUUAGCCUACUUAAGACUCUUCAGACAAAAAAGAAAAAAAAACUUUCGGUUUUAAGGGCAAGUUGACGUUAUGUUACACUGUUGCACUCAUUGGCGAGAGCAAUAAAUGUAAUGCUUAGAUUGAAAAAGAAACCGCACGGGUUUUCCCAGUUUUUCCACGGGUUGACGACCAGAAGUGAGAAGAAAGGAAACGGUGUAUAGCGGGAUAGAAUAAACCAAUCUGACGUUUUUACGAUCGUCUGUGCGCCUCAUUUUGCGCUGUGUUAAAGGAUAAAACAAUUUGAAAAGAAAGGAGAAAAUAAUCUUUUGCAAUUCGCACAUACAAGCUGACUUUCUAAGUGCGACCUGGAGGUAUAAAAGCAACCUGUUGAGACCAUCAUAAGCACAGUUGCAAAACAUUCUCUUCUUCGACUAGUAGUAUCAACAAUUUAACAGGAUGAUCGUGAAUACCUUUAAAUGUAUUGUGUUGUUGGGUCUGAUGCUAAAUCAACAUGGAACUGAAGCACAACGCGGCGGUUACGGAGCUCCCCCUCAACCAUCACCCUCUUCCGGCUCAAAUUAUGGUGGUUCGAAUACUGGAACUCAUUCAGGAGCUGGUCCAUCUCACCAGCAACAUUCGCAGUCUGCUUCGCCCUACCAACAACAAGCCCCAGUCGCUCCUCCAGCCUAUCAACAACCUGCUCCGUCUCACCAGCAGCAGGCCCAUUCGGCUCCUUCUUAUCAGCAACAAGCUCCAGCAACUUCACCGUACCAGCAGCAAGCACCAGCUGCUCCAUCCUACCAACACUCUGCUCCAUCGGCUCCAUCUCACCAACAGCAACAUCAAGCUCCAGCGGCUCAGUCAUACCCGCAACAAGCUUCCUCAUCACCAUCAUACCAGCCACAGGCCCCUGUAGCCCCAGUCCCGUCUUAUCAACAGCAACAGCAGACUCCAGUCGCUCCUUCGUACCAACAACCUGCUCCAGCAGCCCCGACCUACCAACAGCCCGCCCAAGCGGCUCCAUCCUACCAACAGCAACAGACCCCAUCGGCCCCAUCUUAUCAGCAACAAUCGGCUCCAGCGGCUCCAUCGUAUCAACAGCAGCAGGCUUCAGCUGCCUUUCCCUACGGCGGGGCUUCUCCUCAGGCCGGAGGAGCUUACUAGAAAAAUGUAGAACAUUUACAUUUCCAGUUAAACUUUAGAUCUUUAUCCUCUUUAGCAUCUUAAAUGUAAGCUAAAAGAUUUGUUGAAAUGAUACUUCCAGAAAUUAUAUAGAGAAUAUAUUGACUUACAGCAA